CUCGAACAGGAUGAUCGCCCGGAAGUCGGAGGAGAUCUUUAGGUUCUUAAUCUCCGCCAUACACGAAGAGAUCGAAGCGAGGACGAUGAGGAAGAGGAGCAGGACAAUAUGAGGCCGCAGAGAUCCCGCCAUGGCGACCGAACCUGAAUCCUUGGGGCGACGUCGGCGGGGUAUUUUCGAAACAGAGGACGGGGAGUCGGUGGGCCGGCCAUCGCCUUCACGCUUAAGCCUGUCCGUUUGAUUAACUUUAAGAUGGGUGACGAUUUGAGUACAGGAAUUCUCACUGGAAUGCAUUCCAACAACCCAAUCAACCAAUACGCCAUCACAAUAGCUUCGAGUGUAAGACCGAGUCGAAGUAUGUAGCCCUAUGUAAUGCCCAAUUUAGGCCCAAUAAACACAAUCGACGGCGGGGAUCUCGCGGCUAGGGUCUCAAAGGGGCUUGCUCGGCGGUAUGGGUUUAGGGGCUCGGUCGAUCCGGCGAAGAGCCGCGGAGAAGAAGACAUCCCGAUCCAAUGGGGAGGAUUAAGGUCCACGAGCUCCGGGGGAAGACCAAGGCGGAGCUGCAUAACCGGCUCAAGGACCUCAAGAACGAGCUCAGCCUCCUCCGCGUCGCCAAGGUCACCGGCGGUGCUCCCAACAAGCUCUCCAAGAUCAAGGUGGUGAGGCUGUCGAUUGCGCGGGUGCUGACGGUCACCUCGCAGAAGCAGAAGGCAGCGCUGAGGGAGGCAUACAAGAAGAAGAAGCACAUCCCGCUCGACCUCAGGCCGAAAAGGACUCGUGCGAUCCGCUGUCGCCUUUCCAAGUAUCAGGAUACCUUGAAGACAGAACAUCAGAAGAAAAAGGAGAUGUGCUUCCCGACGAGGAGGUACGCAUUCAAAGCCUUGAUCGAAUUAAGGUCUGGUCUAGUCCAAGUUCUUAAUUGUCGUCUGUGAUGCUUUCUUUUAAUUCAAUGGGAGUAGUUUGUAGGAGUGAUUUAGGUCUUGAAUCGUAAAAUUUUUUAUUAUGGUGGAACAUCAUUUAUUGAUGUUAUUACAGCUCUGCUUCCUGCAAGUUGAGUUGUUGACUUUCGAGUAAAGAAUGAAUGGUUUGCCUCAUCCUCAAGAUCAUGAGGAUGCUGUGGUUA